AUGGAGAAACCACAACUCAUCCUCCGAGCGGUCCAGCUCCUCCUCCUGGUCAUCCUUACCGGCCUGAUCGGUAACAUCAUAGCAACCAACCACAAUGCCCCCUCCACCGCUACCGCCGCCAUCAACUUCUCCAUGUUCGUCGUCGUCCAAGGCUGGCUGGCAACCAUCAUCGGCAUCGGCACCAUCCUCGCCGCCAACCGCAUCGCUGCGCUACCGAUCUUCGUCCUGUUCGGUACCGACGCCGUCGCCGUGCUCUUCACUUUUAUCGACGCCGUCGUGCUGGCCGCGAAGCUCAAAAUGGUCAACUGCGGCGGGGAUUUCAGCAAGAAGGGGAGCGAUCCCCAGCCGGGCGAUUGGAUUGCGUUUGGGAGUACCGACGAUCACAAGCGGUGCCGGGAGGUACAGGCUGGGACCGUGUUUAUGUGGUUCUUGUUUGCCUCGUUUGUGGCCUCGUUGGUGUUGAGCUUCUUGGGCUUCCGUCGCGGGGGCGGGAGUAUCAGGUCUGGGCCGACCAUGUCGCAGGUGAGGGUUUAA